AUGUGUUUCAAAACAAGAACGAAAAGUGGAACAUCGUCAAGUCAAAAUCAAAAGUCAAUACUAAAACAUACAACAGCAGAUACAUUCAAAACAACAACGAAAUGUCAACAGUGUAAAACAUCAACUUCCAAUGGGAAAUCAAUUUGUGCCCAGUGCGAACAAAGCUCAGUUGGUUUGAUCAAUUCAACAUCGAAUUCUAGUCAAACUUUAUCAAUACCAGCACUUUCGGUUAAAAAUAACUAUCAUUUUGUUGAUGAUUCAUUUCCUCCAAUUCCCCGAUCAAUUGGUUAUGAAAAUUUUGAUACUAACGUUCAAUGGUUAAGAAGACAUGAUAUUGCGCCAAAUUCACGUGAAGAUGCUAAAUUGGCCUGGUCGGUAAUGCUAGCAGAUCCAAAUCCGUCAGAUAUACAGCAAGGCCAACUUGGUGAUUGCUGGUUAAUGGCUGCGUUGUCUUUGAUUACGGAACGUCCAGAAAUGCUUCAAUAUAUAGUAUUAACAAAAGAAGUGAAUAAUGAAGGAAUUUAUUUAGUUCGUAUCUGUAAAAAUGGACAAUGGGUUACAGUAAUGAUUGAUGACUGUUUUCCUUGUACAUCAUGGAAAGUGUUAGCCUUUACACAAGCAAAACGUCGACAACUUUAUGUUCCAUUAAUUGAAAAGGCCUGUGCAAAAAUAUUUGGUUCAUAUUCCGAAUUGAUUGGUGGCCAAACAUCUGAAGGAUUGCAAUUAUUUACUGGGGCACCAUGCGAUCAUUUUUAUUUAGAAAAUAAUCGUUUAGCACGUCAUGGUAGUGAAGAGCAGAUGGAUCCAGAUGUAUUAUGGGCAAAAUUACUGAGUGCAUGUGAAAUUAAUUUAUUGAUUGGCGCAUCAACUGGACGUACUGACGUUUCACGUGAUGAAUAUGCAAAUGUUAAAAUUCACAGUAAUCAUGCAUUUUCAAUAUUAAAAGUAUAUUCACUAUCUCGUGAUGAACGUUUUAUACUCGUUCGUGAUCCUCACAGUAAUACAAGAUACGAAGAUGAACAUGUAACACGUGACACAUUAAAUUUAUUACAAAACAUUCAAAAAAGUCAACCUACUUCCGGCUCAUUUUGGAUAUCAUGGCCAUCUUUUUUACGAUAUUUUUCAACAAUAACUAUUUGUCGAUGGCAACCAGAUAUGUUCGACGUACGAUUAGAUGGACAAUUUACAACAAAUGCUAGUCAAUCAAUUAAUGCCUACUAUUUUCAUUUGGAUACAACAUCACAGAUUAACAUUAGUCUCAUUCAUCACAAGAAAGAUCGGAAACAGCAUACACGUCAUACGCAAACAUUUUUAUUAUGUGAUAUUGAUUAUAAAACAAGAAAUAUUGGUGCAAUAACAGCAAUCAUCAGAAGUAGAAGAAGCGGAUUUACAUAUUGGGACGGUCUACUAAGAAACGGCAGUUAUAUAUUAAUUCCAUUUUCAACCAGUUUUUGGUCAGAUAGAGUACAUAAAACGUCAUUGAAAUACACAAUUGUAAUUCAUUCAUCAAAUUCAAUAGAUUUAACCGUUGUCGAUUCUGAACCAAUGACAUCAUUAUCAGAUUGUUUAGUAGCAGCUGUUAUGAAAAAUGGUGAAGUAUCAAACAGGGUUCACAAUUGUAAAUACUAUACAUUAAAAGAUAAUAGUCUUGAUUGCAUUAUAUUUGUGGUUGAAAAUGGCUCUGAUAAUUAUUACUUGAAUGUUAACACUGACAUGGAGCAACCUAAAAAUGUACAAAGUUCAAGACAAAUGUUUUUAACUGUUGAUCUAUUACCACCUCGUACACGUCAAAUUAUAUUUAUGAUCGAAUGGAAUACUGAAUCAAAUGAAUCAGUACAUUUGUCUUAUUCAUAUAAUGCUCGUCAUACGCGUCAACAAAUAAAUGUCAUACCUCGAUUAGAGAAAACAGAUUUUCAUCAACCACGUCCAAUAUUUUAA